GCGUGAGGCAGGCGAGCAAGCUGGGCGCCGAGCCGAAAGAGCCGCCGCGCGGUCCCUCGGCCGCACGGGCGGCGGCGGCUCCUUCUCAGAGGCGCGAGGCCGAGGGAGCUCCCGAGUCGCGAGCUCGCGAGGCGCGGCGAGAGCGACGCUCGCAGCGCGGAGGACGCAGGCAGCGGGCGGGCCUCGAGGGCGCCGCGCGGCCCGCGUGAGAGACCCAAGGCGGCCCCGGGCCCCUGCGGCACGGCGCGGCGCGACACGGCACGGCGACGGCCGCGAGCCCCCCUCGCCGGCCGUCCGCCCGUCCGCCCCUCCCUCCUUCCCUCCCUCCCUCGCUCGCUCGCUCGCUCGCUCGCUCGCUCCCGGGCGCAACAUGGCUGCGGCCGCCGCCUCCGCCUCCCAGGACGAGCUGAAUUCUUUAUACAAUUGCAUAUGUACGAGUGGAUGAACAUACCAUUGGUGAUCCAGAGGACUUUUGUCAAGAUUGGAUAAACCAUGUAUCACAUUGAUUGUAGAGAUCAACUCGAACGGGUCUUUUUACGACUUGGCCAUGCUGAAACAGAUGAACAGUUACAAAAUAUUAUAUCUAAAUUCCUUCCUCCUGUUUUGCUCAAACUGUCCAGCACUCAAGAAGGAGUACGGAAAAAAGUAAUGGAACUGCUGGUCCAUCUGAAUAAACGCAUAAAAAGCCGCCCCAAAAUACAACUUCCAGUAGAAACACUAUUGGUUCAGUACCAGGACCCUGCUGCAGUUUCCUUUGUCACGAAUUUUACUAUAAUUUAUGUUAAGAUGGGCUAUCCUCGCCUGCCAGUGGAAAAACAGUGUGAGCUGGCCCCUACACUUCUUACUGCCAUGGAAGGGAAACCUCAGCCACAGCAGGAUAGCUUAAUGCAUCUUUUAAUACCAACUCUUUUUCACAUGAAAUACCCGGCUGAAUCAUCCAAAUCAGCUUCUCCUUUUAACCUUGCUGAGAAACCAAAGACUGUGCAGCUGCUCUUGGACUUUAUGCUAGAUGUCCUUCUGAUGCCUUAUGGAUAUGUGUUAAAUGAAUCCCAGAGUCGCCAAAAUUCAUCUUCAUCACAGGGUUCUUCUUCAAACAGUGGGGGAGGUUCUGGAAUCCCACAGCCUCCCCCAGGAAUGAGCUUUUAUGCAGCUAAACGAGUUAUUGGUGAUAACCCAUGGACGCCUGAACAGUUGGAACAGUGCAAAUUGGGUAUAGUGAAAUUUAUAGAAGCUGAACAGGUGCCUGAACUUGAAGCUGUUCUCCACCUGGUGAUUGCUUCUAGUGACACACGCCAUAGUGUGGCAACAGCGGCAGACCUGGAGUUGAAAAGCAAGCAGAGCUUAAUUGACUGGAAUAAUCCUGCCAUCAUUAAUAAGAUGUACAAGGUGUACCUUGGGGAUAUACCACUGAAAACGAAAGAGGGAGCAGUUCUAAAGCCAGAGCUCAAGAGAGACCCAGUCAGUACCAGAGUGAAGUUAAAGAUUGUUCCUCAUCUCCUGCGUUCUAGACAAGCUGCUGAAAUGUUCCCAGCUAACAUUCAGGUGGUAUAUGAUGGACUUUUUGGUACAAAUACAAACUCUAAGUUAAGAACACUGUCCCUGCAAUUUGUACAUCACAUUUGUAUAACUUGCCCAGAAAUCAAGAUUAAACCACUAGGUCCUAUGCUUUUGAAUGGUCUCACUAAGCUAAUAAAUGAAUAUAAAGAGGACCCUAAACUACUAUCAAUGGCAUAUUCAGCUGUUGGAAAACUCUCCAGUCGAAUGCCCCAUUUAUUCACUAAGGAUAUAGCUCUUGUGCAACAGCUUUUUGAAGCCCUGUGUAAGGAAGAACCUGAGACUCGACUUGCUAUUCAGGAGGCAUUAUCUAUGAUGGUUGGAGCUUAUAGUACCUUAGAAGGAGCACAGAGAACGUUAAUGGAGGCACUUGUAGCUUCAUAUUUAAUAAAGCCUGAAGUUCAAGUUCGGCAGGUUGCAGUGAAGUUUGCCAGCACAGUGUUUCCCUCAGAUCAUAUACCUUCCAGAUACUUGCUUCUGCUAGCUGCAGGAGACCCACGAGAAGAAGUCCAUGGUGAAGCACAGCGUGUGUUACGAUGUCUUCCUGGUAGGAACAAAAAGGAAAGUGCUUCUAAGCAGAUGCCAUCUUUUCCAGAAAUGGUGUAUUAUAUUCAAGAAAAGGCUUCCCAUCGAAUGAAAACUCCAGUCAAAUAUAUGACCGGAACCACUGUCCUUCCAUUUAAUCCUGCAGCAUUUGGAGAGAUAGUUUUGUAUUUGCGCAUGUGCCUGGCUCAUAGUGCAGGGGUGGUGCCCACCUCCCAGAGUUUGGCAGAUAUGCAAGAUCAUGCUCCAGCUAUUGGACGGUACAUACGGACUUUAAUGUCAAGCAGCCAGGCGACAGCUUCAUCUUCUAAUAAGAGUGGAGAAACCAACCCUGUUCAGAUCUACAUUGGCCUGCUUCAACAGCUGCUAGCUGGUGUUGGAGGUUUGCCAGUCAUGUACUGUCUAUUGGAAGCUGUGUCAGUGUAUCCAGAAAAGCUGGCUACCAAAUUUGUAGACAAAACAGAAUGGAUCAAGAGUCUGAUGAGUAGCAGUAAAGAAGAAAUGCGUGAAUUGGCAGCUUUGUUUUAUUCAGUGGUUGUGUCCACAGUUUCCGGAAAUGAGUUAAAGUCAAUGAUAGAACAGCUGAUAAAGGCCACAAAAGACAAUCAUAGCCCAGAGGUCCAACACGGAUCCUUGCUUGCCUUGGGAUUCACCGUGGGAAGGUACUUGGCUAAGAAGAGAGUGAGGAUGGCAGAGCAGCAUGACACCCGCGACCUGGAGACAGAUGCUGACCUCUUGCCUGAGCAAGAGGAGAUCAUUCGGAGUGCUACAGAAACAAUAGGUUCAUUUUUAGACAGCCCAUCACCUCUGUUGGCAAUCGCCGCCUGUACAGCCCUGGGUGAAAUUGGCAGAAAUGGCCCUCUUCCGAUCCCCAGCGAAGGGCCUGGAUUUACCAAACUGCACCUGGUAGAAAGCUUACUCAAUAGAAUCCCUUCCAGUAAAGAAACAAAUAAGAUGAAAGAACGAGCAGUCCAAACAUUGGGCUAUUUUCCUGUUGGAGAUGGGGUUUUUCCCCACCAGAAACUCCUUUUGCAAGGUCUGAUGGAUUCUGUGGAGGCUAAGCAGAUUGAACUUCAGUUCACUAUUGGUGAAGCCAUUACCAGUGCUGCAAUAGGAACUAACUCUGUGGCUGCCCGAGAUGCCUGGCUGGUGACUGAAGAGGAAUAUAUACCUCCUGCUGCUGCCAAAGUGAACGAUGUUGUCCCAUGGGUUUUAGAUGCUAUUUUAAAUAAACAUAUUAUCAGCCCCAACCCACAUGUGAGGCAAGCAGCCUGCAUCUGGCUCCUUUCUCUUGUAAGAAAACUAAGUACCCACAUAGAAGUGAAGUCCCAUCUAAAAGAAAUUCAGAGUGCAUUUGUUUCAGUUCUAUCAGAAAAUGAUGAACUCAGCCAAGAUGUUGCCUCAAAGGGACUUGGGUUGGUUUAUGAGCUGGGCAAUGAACAAGAUCAACAAGAGUUGGUGUCUACACUUGUAGAAACACUUAUGACUGGCAAAAGAGUCAAACAUGAAGUUUCUGGAGAGACAGUGGUAUUUCAAGGGGGUGGCCUUGGCAAAACACCUGAUGGUCAGGGCCUUUCUACUUACAAGGAGCUUUGCUCUCUGGCAAGUGAUCUCAGUCAGCCAGAUCUGGUAUAUAAAUUUAUGAAUCUGGCGAAUCAUCAUGCAAUGUGGAACUCCAGGAAGGGUGCUGCUUUUGGUUUUAAUGUAAUUGCUACCAGAGCUGGAGAACAACUGGCUCCUUUUCUGCCUCAGCUAGUUCCUCGACUUUAUCGUUACCAGUUUGAUCCCAACCUUGGAAUUCGACAGGCUAUGACAAGCAUUUGGAAUGCAUUGGUCACUGACAAAUCAAUGGUGGAUAAGUAUUUGAAGGAAAUUCUUCAAGAUUUGAUUAAAAACCUUACCAGCAACAUGUGGCGAGUUCGAGAAUCCAGCUGUUUAGCUCUGAAUGAUUUAUUGAGAGGAAGACCUUUAGAUGACGUCAUUGACAAACUUCCAGAAAUGUGGGAAACACUUUUUAGAGUACAAGAUGAUAUUAAGGAGUCUGUACGGAAGGCAGCAGAACUAGCUCUGAAAACUCUGAGCAAGGUUUGUGUGAAAAUGUGUGACCCUGCCAAAGGAGCAGCUGGCCAGAGAACCAUUGCUGUCCUCCUGCCCUGCCUUCUGGACAAAGGAAUGAUGAGUCCUGUGACGGAAGUCCGAGCCCUCAGCAUUAACACUCUUGUGAAGAUCAGCAAAAGUGCAGGAGCCAUGUUGAAACCACACGCACCCAAACUCAUACCAGCACUCUUAGAGUCCUUAAGUGUGUUGGAGCCUCAAGUUCUCAAUUAUUUGAGUCUCCGGGCUACAGAACAAGAAAAGGAUGCAAUGGACAGUGCUCGACUCAGUGCUGCCAAGUCCUCUCCCAUGAUGGAGACAAUCAACAUGUGCCUGCAAUACCUUGAUGUCUCGGUGCUAGGUGAGCUAGUUCCUAGGUUAUGUGAGCUGAUCAGAAGUGGUGUAGGUCUUGGGACUAAGGGGGGCUGUGCCAGUGUCAUCGUGUCUUUAACUACUCAGUGUCCCCAGGACCUGACACCUUACUCAGGUAAACUUCUGAGUGCUUUGCUUGGUGGUCUGACGGAUCGGAACAGUGUGAUCCAGAAGUCCUGUGCAUUCGCUGUGGGCCAUUUAGUUCGGACUUCGCGGGAUAGCAGCACUGAAAAACUGCUGCAGAAGCUCAAUGGCUGGUACAUGGAGAAAGAAGAACCUGUCUAUAAGACCGCUUGUGCUUUGACAAUUCAUGCAAUUGGAAGAUACAGCCCAGAUGUAUUGAAGAACCAUGCUAAAGAAGUUCUGCCCUUAGCAUUUCUAGGAAUGCAUGAAAUUGCUGAUGAGGAGAAAUCUGAAAAAGAAGAGUGUAAUAUGUGGACUGAAGUGUGGCAGGAAAAUGUACCUGGCUCCUUUGGAGGUAUUCGAUUGUAUCUGCAGGAAUUGAUUACUAUUACCCAGAAGGCUUUACAAUCACAAUCUUGGAAAAUGAAAGCCCAGGGUGCAAUUGCUAUGGCAUCAAUUGCAAAACAAACAAGCUCUCUUGUACCUCCUUAUCUGGGGAUGAUACUGAGUGCAUUGGUGCAAGGCCUGGCUGGAAGAACAUGGGCAGGAAAGGAAGAAUUAUUGAAAGCCAUUGCCUGUGUAGUGACGGCUUGCAGUACAGAGUUGGAAAAGUCUGUGCCCAAUCAACCCACCACAAAUGAAAUUCUUCAGGCUGUCUUGAAGGAGUGUUGCAAAGAGAAUCUCAAAUACAAGAUUGUUGCAAUCAGCUGUGCAGCUGAUGUUUUGAAAGCCACCAAAGAAGACAGAUUCCAGGAGUUUUCUGACAUUGUCAUACCCCUCAUCAAGAAGAACUCACUUGAAAGCAUGGGAGUCCGUACCACCAAAGUUGAAGAUGAAAAUGAGAAGGAAAGAGAGCUGCAGCUGGAGUCUCUGUUGGGCGCCUUCGAGAGCCUGGGCAAAGCAUGGCCCAGGAACCCAGAUACCCAACGUUGUUAUCGUCAGGAGCUGUGCAAACUGAUGUGUGAGCGGCUAAGACUCAGCACGUGGAAAGUGCAGCUAGGUGUCCUCCAGUCAAUGAACGCCUUUUUCCAGGGGUUAAUGCUUCUGGAAGAAGAACAUGCAGAUCCUGAAGCUCUGGCUGAGAUUCUUCUUGAAACUUGUAAAUCAAUUACUUAUUCUUUAGAAAAUAAAACCUACUCAUCUGUGAGAACAGAAGCUUUAUCUGUGAUAGAAUUACUGCUUAAAAAACUUGAAGAAGCUAAACAGUGGGAAAGUUUGACAGCAGAAUGCAGAGGACUUUUGAUUGAGUCUUUAGCUACUAUGGAGACAGACAACAGACCAGAGCUGCAGGAGAAAGCCUCAGUAUUGAAGAAAACACUUGAAAGUCUGGAAUGAAUGAGAAGGGGAAGAAACAAACAAGUGCCAUGUUCUUUCGGGACUGGAAAUGGUGGUAUUUUUUAAAACCAAGUGGGGGAAAUAAAGGUUACUCUGUAGCAUGCAUCAUUCCGU